UGCUCACGUCAAAGGCACGUCGUCAAGCUUAGUUUGAGUCUGCGCAGUGCGCUCAGCCCUCACCGGAAACGUGCUUCUUCUUCACUGGUCUCCGUCCGUCUUUGCUUUACUCCGUCGAAGUCAUGGUCGAAGUUAGCGUUGUUUACCUCAGUGGGCCACAUGCUGGCGGCGCUAUGCAAAAUAAAUAUAUAUAAACUUCUGGUCAUCGUUCAACACAAGUAUUGUGUCAUAGGUGGUAUUUUGUUAAUUCAAUGUGUUAACUAGCUAGUUGUUUGUUGCCGUUUUUUGUUUUUUUUUCUCGUUGGUGCGAACAUGGCUUGCUGUGUAGCAAACAUGUGUUCUAACAGACAAGGUUCCGGGUUAAGCUUUUUCAGGUUCCCCCUCAAUGACAAAGACCGGUUGAAGCAGUGGAUACACAAUGUCAAGAGAAAGAGCUGGACGCCAACCAAGCAUUCUCGCCUCUGCGCCAUUCACUUCAGACAGGACUGUUUCCUCGUUUUCCGGGAAAAAAUUAUGCUUAAACCAGACGCUGUGCCAACCAUCUUCUACCCAGAUUUACACGCGAAGGCCAAGGUGAGGCACACCAGCGUCUGUAGGAACGCGACGGUUAGGAAGACCGACCCUGCCACGCAAGCGCGUAGACGCAGGAACGUCAGUCAUGACCACGAUUACAUCGGUUGCGCUCCCAGCGAGCCGCAGACAGUCGAGGUGAACGUAGCCAGCUGCGAGCGUAGCCCUUCUGCAGACCACGGCGGGUACUCGCUGAAAAACUCCGCCUGUCCUCUACAGAGGAAGGCGCCGCUUCUUCAGAGUAGAUUGCUUUCUUGCAAGAAAAAAAUGAAGCUUCAAGAGCAGACCAUCCGAAGACUGAAACAGAAAGUGGCGUCUCCCUCCUCAGUUGUUCCAAGUUGCUCGUGUUCUUGCAAGAAAAAAGUGAAGCUUCAAGAGCGGACGAUCCGAAGACUGAAACAGAAGGUGAAGUCUCUCUGCUCGGUUGUCACCGAGCUGGAAGAGAAGCUGCGUGUUGCCACCAACGGCGGUGACGUGCUGGAGGCUUCCUUUAGCGGAGAAAUUCAAGUGAUCCUUGAGUAAGGCGCACAGCAUCGCCCCCCCAAAAGACUGAUCUCACCUCACCUCGGGCCAUCACUGGAAAAAAAGUGCUUCUAAUUGACUUCACCGGUCCCUGUCGAAGUCCAUUUCUUUCACCGUCUAUGGAUAAUAGGCUACUGCUCAGAAAAUAUUGCAUAACCUUUUUUGGAGGAUGUUUCAAUGGCUGAGGUUGAUUUCUAAAGAUGCUUCGACCCCUUAUUACGUUAUUUCUGUUCAUAAACAUUGUCGUUAAAACUAAA